AACGAUGAUGUUCUUAAAUUUUCAAUUUUCAUUUCGUGCAUCCUUUUGUGUUACAAUACAUACACGUAAAGUGCUGCAGUUCAGUGGUGUAUGUUCGUUGAAGUGUAUUCACCAGAGGAUGGCCACUAGUGUCCGAAACAUGUAGUGAAGUGUAUCUGGGUGUUGGGUGAUGGUUAUAUUGUGAGGGCCAAAUAAAUAAGUUGCAUGAUGGUUCUUUUUUCCAGACGUCUGAUCAAGAGCAUUAUGAGUUCAAUAUAUUCUAGGAAAUCAGACAGGAAACUGAUAUUUACUCAGGAAAUCCUAGACGAAGCUAGAUGCAGAACUGAAAACUGUGAAAGUGAAAGAAAAGUAGCUGCUUCAUUGGGAACGAAAGAAUCCACUUUGAGAAAUAGAUUGAAAUUGUUAAGGAACUGUACCAAUUUCCCUGUGUUUACCCUUGAAGAGGAAUGGCAACUGGCAGACCAUUUGAGGGAGCUAGACAAGAGAUUCUAUGGCAUUACCAGGAAAGCUCAUGAGUUUAGCGCACGAGUUUGCCGACAAGAACAAGAUUGAACAGAUGUUCAACAGGACUGCGAAAUUAGUGGGAAAGAACUGGGUAUUGGCCUUCUGCAGGAGGCAAAAUCUAAUGUUACACACUCCAGAGAAAUGUAGACUAGGGAGAGCAAUUGAAUUCAAUAAAAUCCAAUGUGAGGGAUUUCAUAAUAAUUUGGUCAGUGUGUGUGCUGAGAAAAAGUUUCCAGCUCAUCCUAAAUUCAAUGUGGACGAGUCUGGUAUCUCGACAGUACCCAAUCAUGACCGAAAGCUACCCCGUCUUGACUCCCGAGGGAACUGCUCGCCCUGGCCAACCUGUCUUGCUGCUGGGAUACGACAUCGAUUCCAGGUGUGGGAUACAGCAAUUACUCAGACCAACGUUGCCGGAAUCUUCAGAUCAGCCAAUAAGAGAGUGGCAAACCUGAAAAUAGCAGUACGUGCAAUCGAGACAACAGUAAGGCCUUCUCAGAUGAAGACUGCAUCCUCAGAAGUGACAUUCUGCCCCCAUGUGCAGGAGAAUCAAGCCACUGCAGAAGACACGUUUCAGUGAACAAUGAAAAUGGUAAUGAAGUGUCCCUAACAGUUCAACCUGCGAUAGUUGAGGAGCCACAAGUGUCCCCUGCUAUGAUCUCACCAUUAGGAAAGGCAGUGCAGACAAAGAAGCAGAAGAGACGUUAUGAAAAGUCUGAAGUUUUAUCUUCCUCUCCAUACAAGAACAGGGAAAGAGCUAAGCAAUAACAAACAAGGCAGUAAAACUCUUCGUUACGAUGGCCCUUCAGUAGUGUCAACAAAAUUGCAACAACUAACUUGAUGAUAUGGAAUAUCACAUGAGUUUUUAACCAUAUUUUACGCCAUAACUUUCGUUUUUAUAAUAAGUUUACAGUUCACUGUAUUUUUAUACCAUGUAAUUUAUAAUGUAAUAAUUAUAAAGUAUACAGCUUCACCAUCGCAUUUGCAGUUCAGUAGUGUGAAUAUGGUAAUCAUGUGUUUGCCUGAUGAUGGCUUUAAUAGCUGAAACAUGUAGUUAAGCUAAUUUUGGCCUUGACUGUUAUGUUGUUGUGUUGUGACAGACUCUAAUAAAAGAACUGUUAGCGCCAACUUGU